AUGGCCUUUUCAGUCAAUUUAAGAGCUGAAGGUGUUAGUGUUAUGGGGCGAAAACGUUUGGAGAGGAUAGAAGAGUUGGAUGCUUUGGGGAUUGGUAUGAUUGUGACCGAUCUCCAACAAUCGUGGCUAGUAGAAGUGUUAAGAAAUUCAUUUACAAUGGAGGCGAUUACCCCAGCUAGAGAAGCAGCACCAAAUUUGAAGAGGGCCUCAUCUCUGGUCGUUUUUCCUGCUUGUCAUCGUGGUCGCUAUCCGGACAUCUGA